AUGCGGCCAUGGCGCUUGACCCGUGUUCGGCUGUCCAUACUGCUCUUUCAGGUCACUGAGCUACAGGGAUGGAAUGCUCCGUGGUACCUCGAUUGUCGCCAUAGUCGAGAGUGGACGACUUUCAGAAGAGCACUGGAAGUGAUAGGGGGAGAGUACCAGGAAGAUGUUUGGUGGUGGGCGCAAGGCUUGCUCGAAAGGAUCGAGCCGAGCUUUUUGCGAGUCCAAAACACCGACCACUUAUUCUUCCUUUGCAAUCCAAAUGCCAGCGCUGAAGAUGAUGAAUGGGAGCCGCUCCAGUCGGACGAAGACAGCAUUUUCAGACUGAGCACUGGCACCGAUCGCUGGACGGUUGAAGAACGUGAGAUUCGCAGCUAUGCCGUGCACGAUUUUUGCUACUAUGGAUACAUGGCUGCGAUCGCAUAUCGAAGCAGGAACACGGAUGGGAGCAUUCCUGGAGUUCUUGAGGGUCGACAGCAUGCCUUGACAUUGCUCUACAACUUCUUGAUGAGCCGCGCAAACUCCAUUGACUUCCUGGACUCUUCCGGUUGGCCGCUGUCGCACCAAGACGUGCUGAAGCAUUUGUACCCUCCAGAUGGACCUGGCAGGAAAUGGUCCAACAUUCCUGAUGAUCCGCAAAGGCCAUUGUCCGAGAUUGGCCUGGACAGUUCUCUCGACGGACUGCAGCAGGACAUCUACGUGACGGCAAUCGGCUAUCACACAACACUCGUGCUUGAGCUGGUGUCGCUGUGGCAGGAGUUCUUGUCUGAGCAGCACUUCCACUUCGCCCUCCAUGUGCUGGAACCAGGGCUGGGAGAAGCGGAGCAGAUUCGGGCCGUGAGCGUCUGCAAAGACUUCAGCGCCUAUGGAGACCUUUGUGCUUGGGAUGUGCGGCUGUUGGGCCUGAACCAGAAGCACUUCAAGAAGGCCACGCUGCCAGUCUCCAGGCUUCCAUGCCCGGUGAUUGAGGAUUCGUCAGCACUCCUCGAGGACUUUGUCGCCAUCUUUCAAGGCGCCUAUCGUGGCGAUAUAGACUCUCGCAUCGAUCGAGCCGACUUAUUCGUGUGCACGGAGCCUGCUUUUCUCUGCAAUGCGCUGAGCAGGGCCUUUCCACAUCGUCCUUUGAUCGGCUACUUUGCAAACCCGCUGACAGCGUACCUCCCAGCAGCAUCUGCACAAGCCUGGCUUGCAGACUUUCUGAGUCUGACACGCGGAGAACUCCCGGGACGCACUGCACCGUUCCUAGCUGUGGCCAACACAAGGUUCUUGGCAGAGCAGAUGCGGUUUCAGGCAUUGGCUCUUUCACUCUGCGGCAG